AUGACGGAAUCAUCAGAGAAUGGGAGUUAUCAACAUCAGAUUCCAGCAAGAGACAGCGAGAUACAAAGAACAAAAAGAAUCGCUAGGGUUUUACCUGAGAGCCACAAAGAUACAAUGACUGAGCUGUAUUUACCUUUUCAAAGAUUUCGCUAUCCUUUGAUUAGUGCACACAAGCUGUUCGAUGGAAGUUCCCAAAGAAACUCGACAACUUACAUUAACCAUUCGAUCAGUGAAUCCUUACGUAGAAGCUCUCCUUCACAAGCACUUGCGAUCUUCACUAAGAAUCUCCAGCUGGGUUUCUCUGGUCGUAAUAUAAUAAACGAGGUCACUUUUUGUCUAGCUCUUAAAGCAUGUCGUGGAGACACGAAACGUGGUUGCCAAGUCCAUGGUUUUUCGAUAGCCUCUGGUUUCACUUCCUUUGUAUGUGUUUCGAACGCUGUAAUGAGUAUGUACCGUAAUGCUGGUCGGUUUGAUAAUGCUUUGUGCAUAUUUGAGAGUUUGGUUGAUCCUGAUGUUGUUUCUUGGAACACUAUACUCUCUGGUUUUGAUGAUAAUCAAGUUGCUUUGGACUUUGUUGUUAGGAUGAGAUCUUCUGGAGUGGUUUUCGACGCGUUUACUUAUUCCACGGCUCUUUCCUUCUGUGUGGGCUCUGAAGGGUUUAGUUUAGGCUUGCAGUUGCAUUCUAUUGUGGUGAAAACAGGGUUUGAGAGUGAUGUUGUCGUUGGGAACUCGUUUAUAACAAUGUACUCGCGAGGUGGAAGUUUCAGAGAUGCUAGGAGAGUUUUUGAUGAGAAGGUUGUUAAGGAUAUGAUUACAUGGAACUCUUUAUUGUCAGGACUUUCUCAAGGAGGGAAUCUCGGGUUUGAGGCAGUGCUUGUGUUUAAGGAGAUGAUGAGAGAAGGUGUGGAGCUUGAUCACGUGUCUUUUACUAGCGUGAUCACGACUUGUUGUCACGAAACUGACCUGAACCUGGCUAGGCAAAUCCAUGGUUUGUGCUUAAAAAGAGGUUAUGAAACACUUGUUUCUGUUGGUAAUAUGUUGAUGUCAAGUUACUGGAAGUGUGGGGUUGGAGAAGAUGUGGAAUCAGUGUUUUACCAGAUGAGUGAGAGGAAUGUUAUCUCUUGGACAACGAUGAUUUCCGCGAAUAAGGAUGAUGCUGUUUCCAUCUUUCAUAAGAUGAGGUUAGAUGGAGUGUUCCCUAACGAGGUCACGUUUGUUGGUUUAAUCGACGCUGUUAAGUGCAAUGAGCAAAUCAAAGAAGGGGUUAAGAUUCACGGUAUAUGCAUCAAGACUGGUUUUGCUUCGAAACUUGGCAACAGUUUAAUCACAAUGUAUGCCAAGUUUGAAGCUCUUGAAGAUGCCAAGAAGGCUUUCGAUGAGAUACAUGUUAGGGAGAUUAUUUCAUGGAAUGCUAUGAUCUCUGGAUAUGCUCAAAAUGGAUUCUCACUCGAAGCUCUUAAGAUGUUCUUAUCAGCAGCGGCAGAAGUAACACCAAAUGAAUACACUUUCGGAAGUGUGCUAAACGCAAUAGCUUCUGCGGAGAAUAUAUCUCUAAGGCAUGGUCAACGUUGCCACGCUCAUAUACUGAAGUUAGGUUUAAAUAGUUGUCCUGUUGUGUCAAGCGCGCUUCUUGAUAUGUACGCCAAGCGUGGGAGCAUCAAUGAAUCUGAGAAAGUCUUUGACGAGAUGUCUGAAAAGAACCAGUUUGUUUGGACAUCGAUAAUAUCAGCUUACUCAAGCCACGGGGACUUUGAAUCAGUUAUGAACUCGUUCCAAGAGAUGGUUAACCAGAACAUAGCACCAGACCUGAUCACAUUCCUGUCUGUGUUAACAGCUUGUAAUAGAAAAGGUAUGGUAGACAAAGGCUAUGAGAUUUUCAACUCGAUGACCAAAGACUACAACCUUGAGCCGUCUCAUGAGCACUACUCGUGUAUGGUCGACAUGCUUGGUCGAGCUGGGAGGUUAAAAGAAGCAGAGGAGCUUAUGAGUGAGGUUCCUGGAGGACCAGGAGUGUCGAUGUUGCAGAGCAUGCUUGGGUCCUGUAGGCUGCACGGGAACUCGAAAAUGGGGGAAAAGGUAGCUGAGCUUGUUAUGGAGAUGGAACCGGAGUUGUCUGGUUCUUAUGUUCAGAUGUAUAACAUCUACGCAGAGACAGGACAGUGGGAAAAAGCUGCGGAGAUUAGGAGAAAGAUGAGGAAGAAAGAUGUGAAGAAAGAAACAGGAACCAGUUGGGUUGAUUUUAUUGACAGUGAUGGUUCUUUAACGACGCUAGGCUUCUCUUCAGGUGAUAAGUCUCAUUCGAAAUCUGAUGAGAUUUAUAGAAUGGUGGAAACUCUUGGAUUGGGGAUGAGUUUGGAGGAGAAGUUUGCAAGUUUAGAAACCUUUCCAUAUUUCCCAAUUACCCGAAACCCUAAUCCCCAAAUUUCUCUUCCAAUCACAAUCUCUCAGAAAAUCGAAAAUUUUCCGGCGAUCAAGUCUUCCUUCAAUACAUUCCACAAGAUUAUAAUGAGAUUCAAAAAAGGAAGUAGAGUUGAGGUGUUUAGCAACAAAGAGGCACCAUACGGUGCGUGGCGAUGUGCUGAGAUCAUCUCUGGUAAUGGACAUACCUACAACGUUAGAUACUUCUCUUUCCACGAGGAGGCUGUCUUGGAGAGAGUUCCAAGGAAGGUGAUUAGGCCCUGUCCUCCACAAGUUGAUGUUGAGCGAUGGGAGGCUGGUGAAUUGGUGGAAGUUCUUGAUAGUUUCUCAUGGAAAGCUGCCACUGUUCGACAAGAGUUGUGUGGGAAGUACUAUGUGGUUCGGUUGCUUGGGACUCCUGAGGAAUUUACGUUUCACAAAGCUAACCUUAGGGUUCGACAGUCUUGGCAAGAUGAGAAAUGGGUUGCGAUUGGAAAGAUAUCAGGUUCUGUGAAGUCAUCCGCAAUAACUGGAUCAGACGUACAAAGGAAGCUGCAGCCCCAAGUGAACAGCAUACGUCUACAGGAGCCUAGUGUCGUCUCUGCUAAAAGGUUAAAGAGACCGUCACCUAAUAACUGGCCAGAUUGUGCUGAAUCAUGCACUGGAAACCCUAAGAAGAUACGAUCACUGGAAGUGUCCUCUAAGAGUCGGAAAACUGGGUACUGUCAAUUGGUCAGGGUAAGAUCAAAAGGUUCUAGUGAGAGUGUUCGUGCAGGAAGCUUAGUCGCUGAUGAUUGUUAUGAUAGCGAUGCAUGCUCAGUUGGUAGUUGUAGCGCUGCUAGUGAUGAUGAGAGUAACAUGCCACCUUGUAUGCUAGAUGGCUCUGGUCCACAGGCAGACUCAUGUAGCAGCGAGGCGGAAUCUUUUGGUGGCCUUAGGGAGGAAGCAAGGGGGAAACAUUCGUUAGCAGGUGAUGGAGUAAGAAGGUCCUGUAGAUCUGAACUAUAUACUUACCGCAGUACAUUGGGGGACUUAUUCGCUUCUGGUCCCUUAAGUUGGGAACAAGAAACAUCAUUAACUGAUCUCCGUCUUUCUCUUAAUAUAUCAGAUGAUGAACAUUUGAUGGAGGAACAUUGUCGCCUUGUCUGGGGCAUGCAGACCUAUUGCUUUUAG